UGCGUCACAAUGCAUCUGGGCUUGUCAUCAUGCUAGGUUGAGGUGAAGUGUACCAGCGGCUGCAACAAACUUGUCUCCUCUCCCCCUCAACUCACCCACAGUCUCCUCUGCACCCUCCAUUUCCAAUGCCCAUGCAUUAGAGGAGCAGAAUUUAUUUUUUUUGAAGCAUCGCAAAAAAAAAAUAUUUUUAUAUAGCAAUGGCAUUUUUUAACAUUCAAACCUUGCUGGAAGCAGCCGAGUACAUCGAAAGAAGAGAGAGAGAAGCAGAGCACGGUUAUGCCUCGACGUUGCCUUGCGAUGUCGAAUUCAACAGGAAGAAAGGCAAAACGAAGAAAGCCCAAAAUAACAGGUCCUCGCACAAUGAGUUGGAAAAGCACAGAAGAGCCAAGUUGCGGCUGUACCUGGAGCAGCUGAAGGAGCUCGUACCACUCGGGCCGGACAGUUCCAGACACACCACGCUCAGUCUGCUCAAACGAGCGCGCACUCACAUCAAGAAGCUGGAGGAGCAGGACAAGAAGGCCGUGCACCAGAAGGAGCAGCUGCAGCGAGAGCGUCGAUACCUGCGUCGUCGCCUGGAGCAGCUGGCGGUGCAGGGGCUGGAGCGGCUCCGCACCCACAGCCUGGGGUCCAGCGUGUCCACCGACCGCAGCGACCACAGCGACUCCGAGCAAGAGGCGGACGUGGACAUUGAAGGGAUGGAGUUUGUGCCGGGCGAUUUGGACAGCGUGGGCAGUGGCAGCGACGUGGACGAUCGCUACAGCUUCCGCAGCAGCUCCAGCGACAGUGGCUACGCUGACUCCCGCACCAUCAUCCCCCGCCUCUCAUAGUGGCCGGUGGGGCCAUGCGGGGCGGAGUGGGGCUCGCACCACAUCCUCCUCUCCCUCUUUUCUUCUCUCUGUCUCUCACAUCCUCCACCACCAUCUCCUACCUGAGCAGACCCUCUCUUGGACUGGACAGGACUCACCUGGACCGGACCAGAGCCCACUGAUUGACAGUGGAUCCCAAUCCUGCCUCCACCCCUUCCGGAGUGGAGUCAACCGGACUGGGUCCUGGUGCCUCUGGAGCGGAUCCCGCCACCCCUUCCAGACCUACACGUAGUGGACCCCUCCCAUCCUGGAGUGGAACUCGUCCCACCCCUCCCUCCCAGAACAGAACACAUCUUGCCCCAUCCCACCCCUCCCUCCCACGGCAGACUCUCUCUCCCUCCCACCUCGUGGAAACAAAUAACUGCAGAUGCUGGUUUAUACCAAAGAUAGACACAAAAUGCUGGAGUAACUCCGCGGCUCAGGCAGCAUCUCUGGAGAACAUGCAUAGAUGGUGUUUUGGGUUGAGACCCUUCUUCAGUCACCGAUCUUUGCUCUCCACAUACGACGGCACAGAGAUGUAGAGGUAGAGUUGCUGCUUUACAGCGCCAGAGGUCCGGGUUUGAUCUUGACUACGGGUGCUGUCUGUACGGAGUUUGUACAUUCUCCCCGUGACUCCGUGGGUUUUCUCCGGGUGCUCUGGUUUCCUCCCACACUCCAAAGAUGUGCAGCUUUGGGGGUCAAUUGGCUUCGGUGAAGAUUGUAAAUUGUCCCGAGUGUAUAUGAUAGUGUUAGUGUAUGGAGAUCGCUGGUCGGAGCAGACUCAGUGGGCCGAAGGGCCUGUCUCCAUGCUGUACCUCUAAACUAAACUAAAUUAGGUACAGCUGCCUGACCUGCUGAGUUACUCCAGAACUUUGUGUCUAUCCACACUCACCACUCUCCCCCUCCCUCCCCCCCCCUUCCCCAUCUACAUCAGACUCUCCCCUCAGACAGUGGACUGGACCCUGUCUGAUUUUGGCUGACUGUCACGAGGAAGGUGGAGAGAAUAUCAGCAAUAACAAGGUGCUGGGAUUGUGGACCCUGCUCUAAUGAUUAUCCUCACAAGCAGAGCCUCGAUUUAAGCCGCUUGGUCUGGUAAGCCCAUGAUAAAGGCAGGAGCGAUCAGUGGGGCUGAAUCUGUUCCCUCUCGGGCUUUCCCCGGGGGCGGUCAGUCUCCCACCUCUCUCCCGUCACAUAUCUUCAUCGGCUUCCCCACAGACAGGAUCCUUCCUUUGGGAUGAGCGGGGCGUUCUGCCAAGGGUGUGACGGGUCCUCCUUGUCGUCCUGCAGAUGCUGGGGGUGUCGCACAGAACAUUUUACAGUGCCGCACCGCCCAGCUACCGAGCUCGCAUCCUUUACAUCGUUCCUGUCCCAGCUAUACGGGCUGCUUCUACGCUCUGCUUGGUGUUACUCAUUAGAGCAUGGCCUUCCAGACGACACGACCAAUUCUUUUUUUUUUUUAAACGUACGAGUCUCUAGAGAGGUCUCUUCAAACAAAAAACAUUAGUCGAGUAAUUUUAACCGGUGUAGUUUCGAAUUUCCUGUAUCAAAAUUUUGUAUUAUAUUUUCCUAAAUGUUAUCUAAACUGUGCUUGUGGGGGGAAGCGGGAGGGGUGAGGAAAGGGGGGGAAUGUCUCCGCACUUGAGUAGCUUUUCUCUUUUACUUUCUUUCUCUUUCUUUCUCUCUCUUUCUCUAUCUUUCUCUUUCUCCCUCUCUUUCUCUCCUUGACUUUUCCUUCUCUCCCUUUUUCUCUCUUCUCUUCUCUCUCUCUCUCUCUCUCUCUCUCUUUCUCUCUCUCUCAUCUCCCUCCAUCUUUCUCUGCCGCUGGCCAUUUCUCAGGGGCGCCUGCACCCGAUCUCGACUUUCUCCCCGACCCCGUUCUCCGCCCCCUCACCGCCAACUCUCAGAAAACCGAUGAGAUAAUUCUCGGCAGCUCACUAGACCUUGUUUAUUUGCACUCUCCAACUGACUGUUCCCUGCCCCUCCUGUCCUGCAGCGGGUGGGCUGGUAGUAAUGGGGGGAUUAUCACUCUGUGACCCCUCCCCCGUGCAGGGUUCAGUCCAAGGUUAGAACAUGGCAGCUGUAUUUUA